AUGUCCCAGGACCUGCUGAUCGGCAUCUUCUCCAGCGACGUGCCCGAGAGCUUGCGCAAGCCAGCGCUGAGCAAUGUACAACCGUCUUUUGUGGACUAUGGCGACGGAUGCGUGCUGGCCAAGGGCUUCGACAACGAUCGAGCCAUUCAGGCCUAUGAGGCCACCUUGCAAGACAUGAUGGCCAACGGAGGCUUUCAGAAUCCUGCCGUCGGCCAAAUCUGCACCGGCCUGGCUACCCUCUACGAUGCCAAGGCCGCGAUCACCAAAGAUCCGCAGUACUACGACCGCUGUGUCGAGUACAUGUCCAUGGUGCAGCAAGCGAUGCAG